UCUCUUUCUCGGAUGUGACGCGAGGCAGUUUUCCCGCGCUUUGAGGUCUCUGGGGAAUCAGUGCACUGUGAGUGGUCAGACAGGGGAAGGUUAUGGACGGGGCGGACUCAAUGCCUUGAAGUGGUGUUAAAUUGAACUAUUCGUUUCUAAUCACCUUGACAUUUAAGUAUCCUGUAUUGAUUGAAGGAGUUUGAACGCUUGCUGUGACGAACGCCGGGUGUUUCUCAGAAUGCCUCCCAAAAAGCGCAGCAGCAACACUCCUCCGAGCCGAGAGGCGAAGUGGGGCAACAAGAAGGAGAACUCGGUGCUCUCUCCGGAAAAGCACAAAGAGAAAGAUCCAGAGUUUGUAGCUCUUUGUAAGGACCUCUCAGUCUCCAACUUGGUGUGUACUCAGGCGUGGACCCUGUGGGAGGCGAUGGCCAAAACGGCAGAGAAAGUCACAGAAUCAAACAAGCAGCUGUGGGGAGCAUGUGUGUACAUGUCAGCAGUGGACUUGGACGACAUCGGGUUCACCUUUACAGAAUUUCAGAAGGCUGUUGGUCUGAGCGUGAAGCAGUUUCUCUCCCUGGUGCGAAAGCUGGACGAAAUCUUGGACACGAUAAGCCCUAAAGUAAACUCGGCUGUGACGAGGCUUGAGAAGAAAUACGAGGUGUCGCUGGCUCUCUAUCAGAGAUUUGUGAAAACAUGUGCAAAAAUCUAUAUGGUGUCUGAAGAAGUUAAGAGACGAGAGCUUUUGCGCUGUAGCUGGAUCUUAUUCCUCUUGGCUAAAGGAAGUGUUCUGCAAAUGGAGGAUGACCUGGUGAUAGCCUUCCAGUUACUUUUGUGUGUUUUGGAGUUCUACAUCAAGCGCUGCCCAUCCUCUCUCCUCCAGCCUCUCUACAAGUCGGCAAUCAGCGAGACGACACAGAGCCCUCCGACUCGGACCUCAAGGCGGAACAAAGCCAACAAAUCCCGUCCUUGCGAGAUGGACAUGCAGUUGCUGGAGAUGCUGUGUAAGGAGAGUGACUGCAGUGUAGAUGAGGUGAAGAACGUCUACCAAAGCAGUUUCUGUGCCUUCCUGGAGUCCAUGAGCUUGUCAGGAUCACAGGAGCUUCCUGCAGUGGAAACACUAUCCAAAAGUUAUGAAGAGCUCUACCAUAAAAGCAAGGACUUUGACGCACGACUGUUCUUAACUGACGACGAGACCCUCAGCCCAAUCAAAACAGAAGCUACAAAUGUAGAAAUGACUCCUAGAAAGAAUCCAUCUGGAGAGGAGAGUGUCUCCAUUCCUCAACAGACCCCAAUCAGAGCUGCAAUGUAUUCAAUCCAGCAGCUGAGGGGUGAGCUUACCUCAAUCAGUGACCAACCUUCAGGCAUUCUCAUGGUUUACUUCAAGAACUGCACUGUGGACCCAUCAGAAGACAUCACGAAGCGGGUUGACCAAUUCGGUCAGAUCUUCAGCCAGAAAUUUGCUCAAGCUGUUGGUCAGCGCUGUGAAGGAUUGGGCAAGAAGAGAUUUACUCUAGGUGUCCAGCUUUACUACAAAGUCAUGGAGUCGAUGCUUAAGUCGGAAGAGAAGAGACUCUCGGUGCAAAAUUUCAGUAAACUCCUGAACAAUGCUACUUUCCACACUUCACUCCUUGCCUGUGCACUGGAAGUUGUCCUGGCAACAUAUGUUGGAUAUUCCCUGAAGAAUGGCGGCAGCGAAUCUCCCGAAACGAACCUGUGCUUCCCCUGGAUCUUGGACGUCUUCCAGCUUCACGCCUUUGACGUCUACAAAGUGAUAGAAAGUUUCAUCAAGGCGGAGCCCACUCUGAAGCACGACAUGAUCGAGCACUUGGGCCGCUGUGAGCAGCAGAUCAUGGAGAGCAUUGCGUGGAAAUCGGAUUCUCUCCUGUUCGAGCUCCUGAGGCAGUCUCGUGAAGAUGGUACCGGAGAGCAAGCGGAGCCUCCUGCAACGCUGAAUCAGCCUCUACAGCACAAUCACACGGCAGCUGAUCUAUAUCUGUCUCCUCCGCGUCCGAGUCGUCGAGUUUCAGCAGCAGCAGUAGUAUCAGAGGUUGACAUUCCAGCCCUGCCCCCAUCACAGCCCCCUGCCCCAGGCACCAAACAGCACCGCUCCAACUCCCUCAGCCUCUUCUAUAAGAAAUUAUACAGAAUGGCCUACCUGCGACUGAAAAUGCUUUUCUCUCACCUUCUCACCUCUCACCCCGAGCUGGAGGCCAUCAUAUGGACUCUGCUCCAGCACACACUCCAGAACGAGUAUGAGCUAAUGAAGGACAGACACCUAGACCAGCUGAUGAUGUCUGCCAUGUACGCCAUAUGCAAGGUGAAGAAUGUGGAUUUGCGCUUCAAGACGAUUGUCACUGCGUACAAAGAGCUUCCCAACACAAACCAGGAGACUUUCAAGCGUGUGUUGAUCAGAGAUGGCCAAUACGAUUCCAUCAUCGUCUUCUACAACCUGGUGUUUAUGCAGAAGUUAAAGACGAACAUCCUGCAGUACGCGUCUUCCCGGCCUCCUCCACUUUCUCCCAUUCCACAUAUUCCCCGGAGCCCGUACAAUUAUCCCAGCUCCCCCCUUAGAGUGCCUGGAGGGAACGUCUACAUCUCCCCUUUAAAGAGCAGUCAUUUGACCCCAGCAGCCAUGACGCCCCGGUCCAGGAUCCUUGUAUCCAUUGGCGAAUCAUUCGGGACCUCUGACAAGUUCCAGAAGAUCAAUCAGAUGGUCAGUAGCACAGAUUGGCCCCUGAAGAGGAGGCUAGCCGGAGACUCCAACCCCAAACCCUUGAAGUGGUUACGUUUCGAUGUGGAUGGACAGGAUGAGGCUGAUGGGAGCAAAUCAAGUGGCGAGUCUACACUGAACAAGAAGCUGGCUGAGAUGCGUUCAGUUCAAAAUCUAAUGCAGGAACAGAAAAUGAAGGAGGAGGCUGAGAAGGAAGACCCAGAACCCUGAUGUGAACAAGUUGUUACUGUUCAUUUGCCGUUUCACUAAUUCCCCCUUUUUUUUUUUUUUUUUUUAAAUUCCCUUUUCCCUUUGUAUUUGUAUUAUAUUUAAUGUUUUUUUUUGUUUUUUUUGUUUUUUUUACAUAUAUUUGAGUAAGUCAAAAGAGAAAAUACAAAUCAGUAGGAAUAUCGCAGAAAGGUUUAGAGAAACCCGAAAUUCAGGACACACGUUUUUAUUAGUCAGCUUCUGGUACUGUUGAAAAAACAUUAUUUAUUUCAUUAUGCCUAAUGAAAUGAAUAACACUACUGAUAAGUCAGUCCUUUCAUUAGGACAUGACUACUUAAAGUGCUGACAAAUGAAACAAAUAUCAUAAAAUAUACAUUUUACAAAAUGCUAAUAUGUCUAUCUGUGAGACUUGCAAUAACAUCUAGGCACCAUUUUAUAUAUAUAUAUAUAUAUAAAAAAAAAUUAUACAAAACAUUUUUGUAUAAAAAUUAUUGAUUUUUAGCUUUUGUUUUCGUUUGUCCUUUCACUUUUUUCUUGUGUUGUUCAAAAGGGCAUCAUGAAGCUCUGAUCAUGAAAGUUCUGCUUUUUUUUUUUUUUUUAAAACAGAUAAAUGGCUGAACCUCAUACAAGAAAUCAGUGGUCAGUACAUUAUGUGUGGUGAUAAAUUUGAGCUGCAUAAUUGCAUUUCUACAACAAGUACAUCAAUUACAACAUGACAUACGCAUGAUGUAAUAAUCAUUCAUGUGCUCAGUGGGCACAGAAUCGUUUUGAAAUGGUCUUGCAGUGUCUUGCAGUCAUAUUCUUCAGUACCAGUUCCUUUUUUAAAUUAGCAUUUGGUUCUUUUGCAAACAAUUGUAAUUUAUUUAUUUUUGUAUUCAAAAGCAUUAAUCAAUACUUAAGUGGGGGGGGGAGAGUGUGGCUUCUGAAAUGUCAGUCCUUUCAUUAAGACUCAUCUAAAAGAGCUGACGAAUAAAACAAAACAUAACAAAAACCUCUUCUCUUAAAGGAGAGAUGAUAUUCAAUUUUUAAAAAAGGAUAUAUUUUUUCCGAGUGGUUUUUGUGUGGUAGGGUUAACUGUGUCCGUGUUGGUUUUAAGAAAUUAAUGGCAUGUGAAUGCGUUUACAUACUUGUAUCUCUCUCUCUUUUUUUUUUUUAAAUAUAUUGUUAUUUGCUUCCUGAACGGAGCUUGUAAUUUUUUUUAAAACAUUUUUUUUCUAUUGAAAUGCUAGCUGUUAGUAUUAGUUUGUACCGUUUUUGUAUUAAUUACUUUGUUCAAAUGAUUUCUUAAUAACUGACUUGAUAUUGAUUGUGCUUUAUUAAUAUGUACGACUGUCUUUUACGAUCAUCUUUUAGGAAAAUAAAAUGUAAAAGGACCGCACUGUGUGCUUAUGGGACGCGUUUGUGUCGAGUCAUGCCGUGUCCGAUCGAGCACAUAACCGACGCUCCAAAACAGGAAUCUGGUUAAAAUACAGAAGCAGAAGUAUUUACACUGUGACUUUUGUUUUUAGUUAAUAUUGCAGUAAUAACUCGUAAACAUUAUUAUUUUAAAUAGUUAGUUCCUCUUGGAUGGCUGAUUUUUAUCGAUUAACAAAGCAUGAACAUUUUUCUGCUUAAACCAGGCGUUCUCAUUACCUCUGGAUAAAACUAAUUCAUGGAUCAUUAUGUUGGAUCUCAUUAAAUAAGCUGCAUGACUUGCAGGAUAAUGUGAAACUUGGAAACUAUGUGCUAAGCUACAGUGCCCUCCACUAAUAUUGGCACCCUUGGUAAAUAUGAGCAAAGAAGGCUGUGAAAAUUUGUCUUUCAUUGUUUAACCUUUUGAUCUUUUGUUCAAAACAUUCACAAGAAUACUCUGCUCUCAUGGAUAUCAAACAAAUGCAAACACAACACAGGUUUAUAAAAUUAUUUUUUUUUUUUGUUAAAUGUAGGUGUGCAACUAUUGUUGGCACCCUCUUAGUCAAUACUUCCCUUUGCCAAGAUAACAACUCAGCCAUCUUGUCUAACCUGAACCUCAUAGAGAAUCUAUGAGAGACACCAGAGCCAACAAUACAGACGAGCUGAAGACAACCUGGGCUUCCAUAACACCUCAGCAGUGCCACAGGCUGGUUACCUCCAUGCCACACCGCAUUCAAGCAGUAAUUCAUGCAAAAGCAGCCUCAACCAAGUAUCGAAUGCAUACAUUAAUAUACAGGAAUGUUGACCUGAAAAGUAUUAUAAAUUCUUUAUUCUAAUAUUAUGAGUUUCGUAGUCUUAAUCUUAGUCUAGACAUAAAUCGGAUACGGUUGGCUUUUAUACUCAUGUACGAGCAAGCAACAUACCCAGGGCUAAUUAAAGAAAACAAGACAAAACACCUUGACGAAUCAUCAUGAGACCACGAGUAUGCAAAAAUCACCUUGAACUGAUCUUAAAUGAUUGAAUCAUAAUCAUGGAAAAUAAGGGAAAGUAUUUCACAAGGGCAAUGUGUUUUAUCUUGCUCAGUGGUGUGUUGCAAUGUUAGAUGUGUUGUGUCACGUAGAGCUUGAUUCUUUACACCGUUCACGGUAAUUGGUGAUUGAAUCAUGAGGAUCUUCAGUGGUAAAGUGGUAGACCCUCAAAUCUUCCGAAAAAUCUCCUGAACAUUUCACAUAAUGAAAAGUCUUCCAAUCCUAAUAAUUCAAAUGUGUUAUUUAACAAAGAACAAAGUAUCAUUGCUGUUAGACAGGGACUUGUAAGGCGGAUGUUUCAUAUUUAAGAAUGUACAUCAUAAUUGAUGAAGGUUUUGGUCAGGAGAUUUAGCAUUUUUGGAAGAAAUCUCCACUAUCAGCGCUUUGUAACUGUCGGUGGUAAAGCUGUAACUUUUUAACUUUUCCAACUUCAAGACCGAACAAUGAAGCUUGUGAGGGAGUGACUGUUUAUAACUCUGAUAACACAUUAUAACUGGAACUAAGUAACAUUAAAUGUAACUAUUGAUGGAUUAAAAAUAUGCUGUGUCGUUCUUUAAAAAAAAAAAAGACUAAUUGUUGACAUUGCUGUGGUAUAAGUGGAAUGAAACACUUUUGGACAUGCUGUAAUAGAAAAAUAAUGUCUGUGGUGUGCUUACGCCUCAUCACACCAUCCCGUCAUUGGUUAUUCCUAUAAUAACAUGCCAACUAUGACUGUACAUCACUCCUGAAAAUAUGUAGAAUAUCUUGUGAUAAUUUGUGAAGACCCAGAUCUGGUCCCAGUCUUGUUCUUGGGAUUUGAAAGAAAAGAAAUGAACUGUUUGUUUUGGGUGCUAGAUGGAACUUUAUUUUUCUAAGACUGUAAAAGAAAAUGCCAGAACCUUCAGUGACAUGACAGUACCGUGUCUUC